AUGGCCGACACAAUCGAUUCUCUGCACCAAACCCAUCUUUCAAAUCCUUCGUUUCAACCAAUUUUCUAUUCCCUGGAUCCUAUUUCUCUCAUUCACUCACUGAAUCAUGUUAUGGAAAGAGGUCCCAGAUACCAAGCAUAUGCAGAUUUGAGAGAAAGCAAGCUCAGAAUGAAGUUUGAGAAGCUACAAGAAUGGGAAGCAAUGGAAGUUAAACAAGCCCCAGUGAAGAAACAAGUGAAAUUCAGUUCAAAUUCGGGGGUUUCCACGAAAAGGUCCUCUGUCUUGAUUCAAUCGGUGCCUGACUUUUCAUCCGCUUUACGAAAAGAAAACAGGAAGCCGCCGGUUAACGGUGGAGUUGAAUUGACGCCGCCGAAAACGGAAAAGAGUUGGUCGAAAGCGAAUGGGGUGUUUUCGAAUUCGAAGCAACUACAAUGGGAAGAAACUGAAAUGAAGCGAACCCCAACGAAGAAACAAGUGAAGUUCGGUUCAAAUUCAGGGGUUUCUAGUAAAGAGCCCUCUUUUUUGGCUCAAUCAGUGCCGGAUUUUGCCGCCGUGUUAAGGAAAGAGAACCGGAAGCCGCCGGUUACCGGCGGGAAUGAACUGACACCGCCUGCAAGUGGAAAGUAUUGGUCAAAUUCGAAAGGGAGUCAGUCUGCAAAUGCAGGGGAGAAGAAGAAGGCACGGUUGGCGAUGGCGAGGAAGAGUUAUGCAAGUAUUGAAGAAUUGAACGCCAUUAAUGGCGUAAACAGGGGAGGGAAGAGUAGAGCCAGAUUAAUGUAG